AUUCAAACUCUAGAACAGAAUAUGGCUUCAAAUUCUGAUCGAUAUGCUUUUAUUGGAUUAGGCGCCAUGGGACUCCCAAUGGCAAUAAACCUUCAAAAAUAUCUUUCAUCUAACUCUUUUGCCCCAUUGGUCGUUUACAACCGUACAUUUUCUAAAACACAUGCAGUAAAAGAAAUUGGUGCUAUCGCUGCUACGAGUUUGAAACAAGUCAUUGAAUAUGCUAAUAUAAUUUUUACUUCACUUGCUAACGAUAAUGCUGUUAAUCAAACUUUUAAUGAAUUAUUGAGUGAAUCAGAUCUUAUUGAUAACAAUAAGAAAAAAAUUAUAUUUGUUGAAACAAGCACGAUUGAACCAACCACAGUUGGCACACUCAGAGAAAAGGUUGAGAACACAACAAAUAGGAUUUUAUUAUAUUGUCCUGUUUUGGGUCCUCCUGAAGUUGCAAAGAAUGCAAUGCUGUCAAUUAUUCCUUCUGGCAACCAAGAUGCAAUUAAUUACAUGCUACCAUUAUUAACAACUGUGUUAGGAAAGAAGGUUUUACCUGCGGGUGACGAUGUAAAGAAUGCAGCUAAAUUUAAGCUAAUUGGAAACUUAUUCGUUUUUGGUGCUGGUGAAUUAUUAUCCGAAGGACUUACUUUAGCAGAAAAAUCUGGUGUUGACAAAGAAAUGUUAUUAAAUUUUAUUUCCUCCCCUGAGUUUAUAACAAAUGUUUAUAGACGCUAUG